GCGCGGUGCUGAACGAGCGCGGGGUCUGCAUUUCAACAGUUCAUGGGCUUGCGAAACUGAGCUUGGCCCGUUGGUAUUCCUGCCUCAAUUUCCAACUAACGUUUUGGGAACAAAGUGGACGGACGCUGGACUAUGCUACUCCACUAUGGAGACGCACUUACAGCCAUGCCCAUCACAGACACACGCCCGUCACACGCGCACACACCAAUCACGCACACACGCAAGCAUCAGACAAACACACAUAAAAAACACACACUUACGCACACACUCACACACACGCGCACACACACACACAGACACAGACAUUAGUAGACUUGCGGCGACUGGACUGAGUACGUGCAACACGAAGAUUGGAGACUCAGGCUAUGGUCUCAUUUCGAGCAGGUGAUGAUGUACUGGCGGCUUUUUUCCCCUCGCAGCAGGCAACUCGCUGCAGGUCAGCUAGUUACGGUAUACUUCCUUCGCUUCUAAGUUCUGAUCACAUUAUGGGAGGUAUAUGGUUAGAUAAGGACUUAAAGGGUUCCUUAUUGAAUUGUAAGUUUGUAACAGCAUAUUGUGGAUCUAUAGUCACGCACACUGGCAUCCCCUACCUCUUGUGGAUCUAGUAUAGACAUGGUUGCUAUGACACUGGCAUAGCCUGCCUCUUGGGGAUCUAUAGUCAUGGUUACUAUGGCACCAUAGCACACUGGCAUCCCCUACCUCUUGUGGAUUUUUAUAGUCCUGGUUAUUAUGGCACCAUAGCAAAUCCCCCACCUCUUGUUGAUCUGUUGUCAUGGUUACCAUGGCACCAUAGCUCACUGGCAUCCCCUACCUCUUGUGGAUCUAUACUAUAGUCAUGGUUACUAUGGCACCAUAGCGCAUCGACAUGCCAUGAUUCUUUUGACCGCUCCCUGGCGGGUGCUCUAUGUGGCAAACAGGCUUGAGCAAUCUGUGCAAGUACUCUCUGUGACAAAGCAGCCUGAAGCAGACUCUGCAACAGGUUUGCGCUCGGGCCUGCGCUGCGGCUUUCUGUUGAUUAGCAUGAGCCUUCCACCUUGUUUGGCAGCAUGACCUUCUGGUUGAACCAUCACGCAAACGGUGGGACAAGAUGUGGUUGAUUCCGGACCACGUGGGUGGUCCCGGUGCUGUGCAUCCUGGCACUGCCAAUACAUUGCAGCUGAAAGCUUCGGGUGGGCAGAUCUCUUUGAUUGUUUUUGCAGUCUGUGCACUUGGUUUUGCUGUCCCGCUCAUUUUCGCUGGAUGGCAUAUAACCGCCGAGACUGCUCCAAAGUACUUCCCAUGGGCUCUAGAGAGCCUGAUCCCCCGUACAGCCUUUGCCCCUGCGAAUGAUUCCAGUGUAGAUGGAAAGGUGUUGCCCGUGGAUGGUCAGCCAGGGACGACUGUUGCUGCGAACGACAUGGGCUCGGAGCUGAAUGCUACCAAUGUCAGCGAACAAAAUGCAUUGUUGCAGAACACAGAUGCAAUUGCGAAUCCUGACGUGCCGCCCGAAGGCAAUUCCAAUCAGCAGCCUCAGGAUAUCCCAAACACGGCUGCGAUUGCAAAUCCUGAGGUGCCGCCUGGAGGCAAUGCCGAUCAGCCGCGUCCGGAACCCAUUCCAUCUUGGACUGAUCUCGGUCUUUCGGAGGCUGACGUCCAACUCCUGACACAAGCUGCAGACGCUCCAGACGAGGAUGACAGAGUGCAUUCUAGCACUUGGGAGAGGCCGAGGAUUGCAUUCAUGUUUCUCACAAGAGGGCCGAUGCCCUUUGCGCCUAUCUGGGAGCGAUUCUUUCGCUAUUACGGGGACUUCUACAACAUCUACGUGCAUGCCGAUCCGGACUUCCAGUACAACUAUGCAGCCGAUGACACGGCUACUCAAAUGUUUGCUGACCACAGGAUACGCAGCGAACCUGUAACGCUUGGGACCAUGUCUAUGAUGAAUGCCGAGAGGCGGUUGAUCGCAACAGCGAUGCUGAAUCCCCUCAAUUAUCGCUUUAUUCUCUUGACAGAGUUCUGCGUUCCUGUCCGGAACUUUCCACAAGUUUGGGCUUACAUGUUCUCGAUGAACGUUAGUUUUGCACGAUACAGAGACAGAGAUCCAACCUGGGACAGUCGCUAUUCGCCAAUCCUGCUGCCACAAGUGACGAGAGAAACGUUCUGCAAGGGGGACCAAUGUAUAACGUUGACGCGUAGGCAUGCGAAAAUGAUUGUCCGGGACAGACUUAUGUACAAAAAAUUUCAAAUGUGGUGUCAGGUGAUUGUGAACCAGAAAGAGAAUUGCUAUGCGGAUGAGCAUUACAUAUCCACUUUCCUAAAUAUUGAAGACCCUGCCAAUUUGGCGCCAUGGGGCCUCACCUAUGUCUCACGUCGGCCCACCGACACGGGAGCCGAUCCGACCCUGUUUUCUGUGUUUGAGGUAAACGGCGAGCUGCUGAACAAGAUACGAGGCGCCAACGAUUGCUCAUUUUAUGGUUUGCAGAGAGAGUGCUUCAUGUUUGCGCGCAAGUUCGACUUCAACACUCUUCCUGUUCUCCUCCAUCUCGACGACAAGUUGAAACUGUGGACCACAGAGGUUGUCUUCAACAGAGACCGCAAUGGGUGAGGGCAUGCUCAGAGUAGCAGGACUUUUGGAAAUGAAUCUGAUACUUCCAG